GAGUGAUGGCGGAACGACAUCAAAUUUUGGCGUUCACCUGCUUGAGCCAUUCGAGCCCUCCACUAAGACCCCACUAAAUGACUUUGAGUUUGUGAACACCAUCACAACCCUUAGUAGGGGUCUAACACGGGAUCCGCUACUUUACCGCUAAAGUAUGUGACCUUUGGCAAGAGCGACUCAAAUUUAAAUAGUUAAAAGUCUACAAAAUCUUUUCAUAGCUGAACUAGACAUCCUUUUCCUGACUAUCGUACAACUAUAGACAAUUAUAUAAAAAUAACUCGACAUUCUAAACUAAGAAUAAUGAUGCAUGAAGUAAGAUACGAGUCUAGUUAUUGCAACUUUAUCCAUUAAGGUGGCGAGAGAGUCGAUGCUUAUUCCACCACAGAAGAAGUUUAGAAGACUCUCGAAUCAUCACCACCUAAAUCUACAUAGCCUGUUCACAUUAGAAUUCUAUCGUCUAGAGAGGGUCUCGAACAUGAAGAAACAUCACUAUGGUUUCUUCAAUAGUUAGGUUUUCGUUCGAACACAACCUCUUUGAACUCAAUUCGAGGAAUUGUGGUGAGCUCAGUUCAAGAAAAUCAGAUGAAAAGAGGAGUCCCAUCUAUAAGGACAACAGACCAAACACAUUCAAAAUCGAAAGAACUAAACCUCUAUAAGGCUCCAUCGGGACAACAUAUUAACAUUAGAAGACUGAGCUCUCUUUAUCUAAAUAUGCUGAACUUGAUAGUAGUAUGUGUAAUUACAUAAUUAGAUGGGAAGGUGUGAAAUGGUCCAAGAUUAACAUACGGCCGCAAGACCAAUGCCAAAUGGCACUUUGGUCAAAGAUCCGGUAGUUUGGGCCAAUAAAGUGCCCUCGUUUGGGCCCAUCCAAACCCAAAUUUGGAGAAACCAGGGUACUAUCCCAAACCCAAUUUCUUAAAUAAUAUCCACCGUCCAUUAAAUCACAUCGACGGAUACAAAUCAAUAAUCACAAAGCACACGGAUCGACAUCCCAAGCCGUCGGAUUAUUACAAUCCAACGGUCAAACCUCUGUCUCGGCUUUACCGAGCUCCCUUAAAUUAAAAAAGAAACACAGGUCACCGGAGUCACGCGGAUCGCCAUUCCCACCCGUUCGAUCACCUCCCUCAAUCAACGGCCCAAAUCAGCCCAUCUCCGCCUCCGCAGCGAUUAUAUAAAUCCUCAAACUUUACCCAUCAUCCCACAUUCCAUUCUCAAAGCAACCGAUUCACAUUCAACCCAGCAAAUCCAUCUAUCUUCUCCACUUCGUCUUCUCGAGGAAAGCAAGAAAAAUGUCUGGCCGCGGAAAGGGAGGCAAAGGAUUGGGCAAAGGAGGUGCGAAGCGGCACAGGAAGGUUCUCCGGGACAACAUCCAGGGCAUCACCAAGCCGGCCAUCCGCCGUCUGGCUCGCCGAGGCGGCGUCAAGCGUAUCAGCGGCCUCAUCUACGAGGAGACCCGCGGCGUCCUCAAGAUCUUCUUGGAGAACGUGAUCCGCGACGCCGUCACUUACACGGAGCACGCUCGCCGGAAGACAGUUACCGCCAUGGACGUCGUCUACGCGCUCAAGAGGCAGGGCAGGACCUUGUACGGCUUCGGCGGUUGAGCUUUUAGGGUUCUUGGAGUCGUCCAGCUUGUUCGGAUUUAUCUUUUUUAGCUUCUUUUCAGCUUUUUAGUUUGAUGGCCUAUUUGUUCUCUGGAUGAACUGUUGGAAAUUAGGGUUUCCAUUCAUCUGGUUAUGUUUGUAAUGGCAAGUUCGAUUAAUGAAGAAUGGAUUUCCUCUAAAUUGUGCUUUCCGUUCGUCAUUUUUGUUCUUGGAAUUGCCGAUUGGAAUCCAUUCUCUGGUUCGGUUUCAAAGUGAACGUGUUCUUCUAUUUAUAUUAACGUGCUUUACCGAAAGUCGUCAGUAAGAGCCACGAUUUCGGCCUUUUACUUCUCAGAUUCAAUUCGUUUCUCGACCGUUCUACGUGUAAAUUACUAAAACUCCCACGGACUUUUUACGCUUUGCAGUCUGGUCGUACGUACUAACUGUAUUAUGUUCCCUUGAUACUAAUUAGUUCCCGCCAUGAGCUACUUCCGUAUCAUUAUCCUUCAUCUUCCACAUGAUGACCAAAUUACAGAUUGGGCCCCAAACUUGAUGUAUCCUACAGCUUAGUCGUCAGUUUUCCUCUGGUUUACGAUUCGCUACAAUAAGCUCAUCUUGUUACCUUUUGUUAUGUCUCCGUGCUGAUUGUGAAAAUUGAUUUAUGAGGGACUAUGUUGUUAAAAUCUACAAAAUCGACAACUAGAUUGACCAUAAGUCAACGCUUUGAAAAUACUACGUGGUACUCACAAAAUAUUGUAGUGUGUUUGUACAUUAUAUCGAGACGAGAAAGAUCACGUCCCUCAUUACAAGCUUGUACACAUGGUUCUAGAGCUACUCGAUUAGCUACAGCACCAGGUGCAUUUCCGAGUUCACAUCAUGAAAUCAUGUGACUAUUGCAAUGCCUAACAAGCUAUGCUAUCUAGAUCUCUAGCGGUCUAUCACAAACAAAUGAAGUUGUUAUUUAAUGUUAAAGUCUUUCCAAAUACAACCACUAUACCUCAUAAAACAAAUUUGUUAAGUAAUCGGGAUAUGUCGGUCAUUUAUAUAGGAAGGACGAAGUGUCUCUCGCAUUACCAACGCACAUACUACGGUACUAGUCUCUGGGGUGUGUAAUGGUCCGGGAUCGGACCACACCGGACCGAACGACCGAGUAUAAUGUGGUUCAGUCCUUGGUCUGCAUGAUUGUUACAGUUAUUGAAAAAAUGAUGGACCGAAGUGAUAUUUGGGCCGGAUCAAACCGGACCGAAUGGAUCAAACGCAAUGAUAGUCCAGUGGACCACGGUUCUCAUGAGUUUGGUCCGGUCUGGACCGGACCAAACCGUUGCACACCCCUACUAGUCUCCAUGAGCUAGUACAACUCGAUUCGACAGUAACACUUAAAUGAAGACAUUUAAGAGAG